AUGGCGACACAGCAGCAAACCACAGCAAUGGACACAAACACCAAGCCAGCAACAUGGCCCCUGGAGGCUUUUGAUCAGCACUGUAAGAGCUUCUGGAUGAUACUCUGCAACCAGGGCCUGACCCGCAGACAAGCGGUGAAAGCUGUGGCCCCCUGGAUCCGCCCGGUAACCCGGCGCAGCUACUAUGGGCCCCUACCUCGAAUCCCCAAAACUACCGCCCAGCAAUGCAGAUACCAACGACCAACGAGGCGGGAGGGGGAGCCGCAUGGCACGGGUGCCGACACUCGCUCCCACAAUCACAGGAGAUGGAGCGUCAGGCUAGCCCAAGAAACAUGUACCUCGCAUGACACUAGAACCUGGGACUGGCAUGGUAUACCUCCACACUCUACAGCCCCUGCGACAAACAGUGGCAUAAUAUGGAGGUCCACCCCACAGUUUAGC